AUGGAAAAUGUAAAUGGAUUAAAUAAAUAUGACAAUCCAAAUGAAGCUAUUAAAAAAAUGGUUGACAAAAUAAUAAAUAAGUUGAAUAAGACACAGAAAGAUUCUUCUGAAAGGAUAUAUUAUAGCAGGAAGGAAAUGAUGAAAUACUUUCUAGAGGCUCAAGUCAUAUUUGAAUAUCAUGAUGUGGAAAAAAAAGGAGAAGUUGAUAUAACAUUAUUUCCAACAAUGGCUAGACAAUUAAAACAAGUAUAUGAUAUAAGAGAUAUAAAUAAUUUUAAAAAAGAGAUGAAAAUUAAAAAUAUUGAUAAGAUGGAUUUACAAUUAUUUUUUACAUUAUUAAAAAGAAAAAUACUUCAUUCCAUAAAUAAUAAUAAUAAUAAUAAUUCAUCCUUCAGACAACAUUUUGAUAUUUUAGAUAUGCAAAAAAAACAAUUAUUAGAUGUAGACGAAUUAAGAACUUAUUUAGGAUUAAUGGGUGAUAAAAUAAAUAAAGAUGAUUUUAAUCUUUUAUUAAAACAUAACUUGAUAAAUAAUCCAAGAAUAAAUAAAGAUGAUAUUGUAUUAGAUGAAAAUAAAGAAAUAAAAAAUAUAUCAUUUAAUGCCUACAUGGACAUGUUAACAUGUUAUAAAUAUAUAUGA